AUGGCGGGUGCCAGCCGCCACGGUUCCUGGGCAUUAUCUUGCUCUACACUUCGCAGUCCCAACGCUGUGGAAGAAGUGUGCCGGUUGGGGCUCUUCCGUUCGGCUAUGCCCUGUCAAUUGUUAUCAAGCUUUGGAGUCAUUUUUCAAGACGGUUUGUCGGCUCUGUUGGCUGCUGGCAACUGCAAAGCCCGCUGUCCCACCAGGGAACAGGUGCAAGGUGCGGGAGAACACGUUUUUGCGAAAAGUACGGAGACUGACCACGUGGAUCUCUUCAUUGGUCAUUCCUGGAAAGCCGGGCGCUGGGAGAAAUUCUUCUCGCUCUGCACGUAUUUCAACUUGCAGUUCGCAAUCGCAUGCUCCUUCACCGCAUGGUUCGUUGUAGUUGCCUUGCUGGUGGGAUCCAUGGGAGUGACUGGCUUGGGCGGAAGUAUGCUGCUCUUUCCCUGUUUGGUCUGUUUUCCAAUGGUCACCUUCGCAAUCGUCCUGAUCUUCGGACACGGACUUCCCUUGGGCCGCUCGUUGCCAUCAUGUUGGCUUGAUCGGAUCUGUAUUCAUCAAACAGACAUGGACAAGAAGAAAGAGCAGAUCAAUGCUUUGCCAGUCUUUGUUGCGCAAUCUUCCAAGAUGCUGGUUUUGUGGGAUCAGACAUACUUUGAAAGGCUUUGGUGCAAUCUAGAGUUGGCAACGUGUGCGCGUUAUGGGGGCACUGAUAAAGUUGAGUUGAUGCCUCUUUGGUUAGCUCCGUGGUUGCUGUCCACAAUUCUCCUGGAUCUGUCAAGUGCAAGCAUAUUGGAGGUCAUGGUCCACCUUUUUCCCAACUUCAGUGCAGCAUGGAUGCACAACAUUCCUGAGAUGCCUGAAUCUAUAUUCGGGCACAAUCCUGCCAUGGAAUCAUUCGUAUCCAGUUUUGACGUUUGGAUGUUUUCGGGCAUCGCUUACUUGCCCGUUUCUAUACCCAGCUUCUUCUGCUUUCGAGCAAAGCUUCUCAGCCAUCAGUUGAUGCUGGAGCAGAUGUCAACUUUUGAUGUGAGAGCAGCGCGCUGCACAGUGGCUUCAGAUCCUGCUUCCAUAGAGUCGCAGGUCACGGCGCUGUUUUCGGGGAUGGAGGACAAGACAGCAGCACCUUUGCCAUCUGCUGUUGAUGAUGGCGAGGCGGGCAAU